UGUUUUUGGAAGGUGCCAUGUUGGGUUUAGGAUUGCUGUCAGGAAGCCUUGCUUGUCAUGGGGCUCCUGCAGCCCCUCCUCACACUGUCCCUGUCCCCAGGUAGCCUGACACAUGUCUUUCUCCUCCUUAAGUGAGCCUGGAGGUCUCCAGCCCACAGGAGGAAGGUCACACACAGACCGUUUGAGAUGGAUCGAGUGACCAGAUACCCCAUCUUCAGCAACCCCCACUCAGCGCGUGUCACCAGCCUGGCCCUGGAUGAAGACACCAGCUACACCGUUGAGCUGGUGGGCGUGGGGCCCGAGGCCGGUUGGAGCCAGGGAGAUCUGCAAGUCUGGUCCACUGAGUACCAGACCAGGCCAGAUGCGAGGAGAACAAGUACGUCUUCCACCAGACGCGUCUGCCUGGGCCAGCAGUCCCCGAGGUCGCUGCACUCGGAAGAUGAGGAUGAGGAGAUGAAGGCUUACCACCUGGACGACAGCAGCAGCGCCCUCUGCAGGCAGCGGAGGGACCUGGAGGCUGAGCGCUGGGCAGUCAGGAAGGGUGGCACGGUGGCCACACUCCAGGCCGCAUCAGACCAUGGUGGCCCCAGAAUCACCGGCCAGCCUCGGUCCACGUUCACCGAGGAGAACUUGGUGGACACGGAGCAGAUCGAUUUCCUGGCUGCUCGGCGGCAAUUCCUGAGUUUAGAGAAGGCAAACAUGAACCCCACAGCCAGGGAGCCCUCUGCACGUACGCCACCGGGCACCAACCAGGUCCCCAAGGCCUCCACUGGGCCUCACCUAGCCAACGGCUACGCCACUUCUGUCAUGUCACCGAAGAAGGAAGUGAUCUUGGAGAAGUCGGUCUGUGUUUCCCCGGUUAGAUUCAUUCCUACAGCCAACGACCCUGGCCACCAGACCCGAGCAGAGUCCCCCGAGACUCCCAAAGAGACGCCCAUCGAGAGAGAGAUCAGGCUGGCCCAGGAGCGGGAGGCAGAGCUGAGGGAGCAGAGAGGCCUUGGGCGGGCUGCCGGGCAUCAAGAGCUGGUACGGAUUCCCAGCAGGCCGCUGCUCAGCAAGGUGAGCCUGAUAGAGACGCCCCCGCGAAGAGACAGGGGCCGCCCAUCCCUCUACGUGCAGAGGGACAUGGUGCAAGAGACGCAGCGGGAAGAAGAUCAUCGGCGGGAGGGUCUGCAGGUGGGCAGGGCAUCCACGCCCGACUGGUCUUCCGAGGACGGUCAGCAGGGGCUCCAGAGAAGUCUGAGCUCCGACUGCAUCCUCAGCCCCGAUGCCCGAGCCACAGACCCGGCUCCGGAGGCAAGGAAAGUCAACCGGAUCCCACUGGAUGCCUACCAGCCCUAUCUGGGCCCUGGGACCCCCAAACUAGAAUUCUCAGCCUUUGGAGUAUACAGCAAGCCAAGUGGUGUGUCUGCAGAAGACACCAAAGCCGCGGCCUCCCGGAAGGCCGCGGGGUCUCCAAGGCAUGUCUCGGAAUCCUCCGGAAGAUCUCUGAGCUCAAAACAGGAGUGGGCCAAACCUCCUGGACCGCCUGGCAACGGGGGCGUGGUGAGAUUAGAGAAAUUCCACCUGCGUCCACUGCGAUUCAAAGUCCCAGAGGUCCCCCAGGAGACUGAGACCUCCCAUACCUGGGGCUGGGAAGUGGCCGGAGGCCCUGUGCUGAGGCUACACAAGUCGCAGUCAUCUGACCUGCUGGAGAGGGAGAUGGAGAGUGUCCUGCGGAGGGAGCGGGAGGUGGCUGAAGAGCGGAGGAACGCCUUCUUCCCAGAGGUCUUCUCCCCAGAGCCCGCCCAGGAGGAGAGCCAGGAGCAGCAGUCCCGGAGUUCCUCCCGCGCAUCUGGCAUCACCGGCAGCUACUCAGUGUCAGAAUCGCCAUUGUUCAGCCCUGUCCACCUGAAUUCAGGCCUGGUGUGGAAGGUGGAGGCCUCGAAGGACAGCACCCCAUCAGGGCCGAAGACUGGGAAGGAGUCGUGGUAUGCAGGUCUCAACCCCUCAGACGGUGUCAACUCAGAGGUCCUGGGAGCCACGAGGGUAAAGCGCCACAAGAGUGUCUUAGCGGAGCGCUGGGAAGCGCACAUCUACGCCGGCGAGGAUGAGAACUGAGCCGAAACAGGGACCCCCGACCCCGGCCCACCCCGGCCGACCCCGGCCGACCCCGGCCCACCCCGUCCUGUGGGAGCUGCCAGUCCUGCCCGAGUCUCUGCUGCCAGGUCCCUGAUUAAACACACAGCCCAGGCUGACGCUGGUGCCUGCGGUUGGUUUGGUUUUCCUAGGGUGGGCAAGCAUGUCCUCUUAGGGGUGGCUGCUUAGCUGAGGCUGAAGUGAUCAUCCCGCCAGGCCUCUGGGUAGCUAAGACUUUCCUUCCCAAAUGCUGUGGACAAAGGAGAGAACAAGGGCGCCCACUGUGGAAUUCGAGGCCCUGGGAGGGGUGACCCCACCACUCCCCUCACACACCACAGCCCCUCAGCUGCAGAGCUCGCUCGGAUCUGUCACGGUGAGGGAAGAAGGCUCUGUUUGGGGACCUGCCAUCCAGUCUUGCCAACCCCAAGUAAUGUGCCCGUUGCUAUGAAAUAAACCUGUCCUGAGCUGC